AUUUUGUAUUUAUAACGUUCAAUUUUCUUUGUACUUUCAUUUUAUUCACCAGUUAAUACAUCCGUUAACAUAUAAAUGCAGUAAAAACAUUUGUGAAUAUUGUUAAAUCGUCAGAAAUAAGUAUUUUUAGAAUUACAGCUUUGUGCGUAUGCUUGCGACUUUUUUGUAUAUAUCUCUUACAAUAUGAACAUAAGACAUUAUUACGAGUGUGCUGAGAUAAUAAUAAUGUAGCAUCAACUGGGAGUCGACACAAGUUGUAGAUAAAAUCUCUAUAGAUCAAAUGAAUAUGGAUAAAUGUUUGAAAAGUGGCAUUAACUGCGGCUGCUUGCAAGACAUUUAAACGCACACGCUGCAACGUUCUUUUUGUUUUAAAUAAAAUAAAAAAGCUGGAAAUAUUUGGAAGCCAAUAGAGAAUUGCGAAUCCUAAGCAAAGGAUUAUUCAUAUUUCGAUCUGAUCGCCAUUGUGGCGAUUAGCCAGCGACUGUGGAAAUGAAUAUGCUCUGUAUACUCUGUUUACUAUCAAUCACAAUUUUGGGAAAUCUACCAUCACGUUCAGCCCACGGACAAAUAUUGCACCUAUAUAAGAAAAGUAAUGAGCAGCUAAAUUCUGGAUUUACGUACGCGCAGCCGUCUGUAUUGGAUGUUCGAGCUGAUAGGAUUGGACGAAGUGCUGAAGCCCUUAGGGUUAAUAUAACGGAAACGGACCCAAAUGUGCUGACCCGUAAUGCUGGGAACUUCAGCACGAAUAUAAUUACAAAUGUAGCCAAAUUUGACACAAGACUCAACCAUCUGUUGGUGGACACAGUUACGGGCAGAGUGUUUGUUGGCGGUGUGAAUCGGUUGUAUCAGCUAUCGCCGGACCUGGAGCUGCACGAAACCGUGAAGACAGGACCACAAAAUGAUUCAGUCGAGUGCACCAUACUAGACUGCCCGCUUAAUGCCGUGCGCAAGCCAACAGAUAACUAUAAUAAGGUGCUUCUUAUAGAUCGCGCCACCUCGCGUCUUAUCGCAUGUGGAUCCUUGUUCCAGGGCACCUGUACGGUCCGUAAUCUGCAAAAUGUUAGCAUAGUUGAGCACGAGGUGCCGGACGCCGUUGUUGCGAAUGAUGCCAACUCCUCAACGGUUGCUUUUAUUGCGCCUGGACCCCCCCAGCAUCCGGUGACGAAUGUUAUGUACGUGGGCGUUACCUAUACCAACAACUCGCCGUACCGUAGCGAGAUCCCAGCCGUAGCGUCCCGAUCUUUGGAAAAAACCAAAAUGUUUCAGAUAGCAUCAUCGGCUGUUACGACUGGCACGCGAACCUUUAUAAAUUCGUAUGCCCGCGAAACAUAUCUGGUGAACUAUGUGUACGGGUUCAGCUCAGAACGGUUUUCAUAUUUCCUAACCACUCAGUUGAAGCAUAGUCAUCACUCGUCGCCCAAAGAGUAUAUAACUAAACUGGUCCGAAUAUGCCAAGAGGACUCCAACUAUUACUCGUACACUGAAAUUCCGGUGGAGUGCAUUAGUGAGGCUCAGGGCGGAACUAAAUUCAAUUUGGUCCAGGCCGGCUUUUUGGGCAAACCUAGCUCGGAUUUGGCGCAAAGCUUGGGAAUCUCGAUACAGGAUGACGUUCUCUUUGCGGUCUUUUCGAAGGGUGAAAGCAACACUCCAACCAACAACUCGGCCCUUUGCAUCUACUCAUUGAAAUCAAUUCGUCGCAAAUUUAUGCAGAACAUCAAAUUCUGCUUCAAUGGAAAUGGAAUGCGUGGACUCGACUUUAUAUCACCCAGCAUGCCUUGUGUCUUAACGAAACUGCAAACCAUUGGGGAAGACUUUUGCGGACUGGAUGUUAAUUCACCUCUCGGCGGAGAGCAGCCAAUCACAGCUGUCCCAGUGGCAAUGUUUAACACGAGGGUCACAUCUGUGGCUGCGACCAGCACCAGCGGUUAUACGGUCGUAUUCAUUGGAACCGUUGACGGAUAUAUUAAGAAAGUAGUCGUUGAAUCGGCGACCGUUGCAAAUGAAUAUGCAAGCUUGGCCGUUGAUUUGGGAUCUGCCAUUAAUCAGGACAUGCAGUUUGAUAAUCAGAACCUUUAUGUUUACGCUAUGUCCGAGCGCAAAGUAUCCAAAGUUAAGGUUUAUGAUUGUGCUGAUUUUAGGACUUGUGGCGAAUGUCUGGGUGCAAAAGAUCCAUACUGUGGUUGGUGCUCGCUGGAAAAUAAGUGCAGCCCACGCUCAAAUUGUCAGGAUGACGCCAAUGAUCCACUUUACUGGGUUAGCUACAAGACGGGCAAAUGUACGACAAUUACGAGCGUGGUGCCACAUCAAUUACAGCGUACGACCGCUCGCACCUUGGAGCUGAUCAUUGAUCAUUUGCCGCAGCUAAAAGAGAAUCUGAUUUGCGCUUUCACAACCGAGGACAAAGCCCUAUUUACAAAUGCCACAAAGAAGCGAAACGGCGUCAACUGUACCACGCCCCGCACGGACAUGUUGCCGCAAAUUGAACAGGGCAAACAUCAUUUCACAGCGAAGUUAUCGGUGCGCACGCGGAACGGUCCUGAUCUUGUCUCAACCGACUUCACGUUCUUCGACUGCAGCACGCACUCAUCGUGUACGCGCUGUGUAUCAUCUGAGUUUCCGUGCGACUGGUGUGUGGAGGCGCAUCGCUGCACCCAUGAUACGGCCGAGAAUUGCCGCAACGAUAUCCUGGUGACCGGCGUCAGCCGAAUUGGUCCGAGCUAUCGGUCCGGCCCUGGUUUCUGCCCGACCAUUAACGCCACCGGCGAUGGCAGUGAGGUUCUUGUUGCUGCUGGCACCAGCAAAUCCAUCAAGGUUAAGGUUCACAUCAUUGGCCAGUUUAUUGUGCAGACACGUUUCGUUUGCCAGUUCAAUAUUGAAGGUCGCGUGACCAGCCUAAACGCCCAAUUGCUUGGCGAUACAAUCUACUGCGACAGCAUGGAAUUUCAGUACACAUCACGAUCACCGAACCUAACCGCAACUUUUGCAGUUAUAUGGGGCGGAUCGAAGCCUCUCGACAAUCCUCAUAAUAUUCACGUUGUGAUUUAUCGUUGUCGCGUGAUGGCAGAUAGUUGUGGGAUAUGUCUUGCGCUAGCCGAGAAGUACAAUUGCGGAUGGUGUUCGUCGACGAACACAUGCGAGGUGGUUGAACAAUGUAACAAAAAUAAUGAAGGCAAAACGGAUUGGCUGAAUCGGAGCGAGAUUUGUCCAAAUCCAGAGAUUCAUUCCUUUGGUCCCAAAACUGGACCAUGGGAGGGCGGCACCAAUAUAACUAUAAAGGGCAUAAAUCUAGGAAAAAAUUAUAAUGACAUAUAUUCCGGCGUUCGAAUUGCUGGAAUUAAUUGCAUGCCAUUUCAACAGUUUUACAUUGACACAAAACAAAUUGUUUGUACUGUGGAUAGUCCCGGCGAGCAGAUGUAUCGAAAUGGGCGAAUCGUGGUUCAAAUCGGGGACUAUCGUGGCGAAUCAAAGGAAGAUUAUGAGUUUGUCGAUCCGAAAAUAUCGAAUUUUUAUCCGCGGUUCGGCCCGUCAUCAGGAGGUACCCAAAUACGGAUAAUUGGCAAACAUUUGAAUGCUGGAUCACGAAUACAGGCCUUUAUAAAUGAUCAUCUACCUUGUAAAAUCAUUAGUACGGACUCCUCGCAAGCGAUAUGUCAGACAUCGCCGUCUCCGGGUAUUAUUGAAGGACGUCUAAAAAUGUCUUUCGACAAUGGGCCGCGUGAAUUUAAUGACUAUAAUUUUAAAUAUGUACUCGACCCAACUGUUGAGCAAGUUAGCUCCGGACCCAGUGGCCAAAUUAAAGUACCAAAGGGUAUUCCUGCUGGCGGUAUUCGGAUUAUAGUUACGGGAACACAAUUUACCAGCAUACAAGCACCGAGCAUCUAUGUCUUUUACAAGGGUCAAAUGUACGCGAGCCAGUGCCGGGUUCAAUCCGAUAAUGAAAUGGAAUGCCCGUCGCCGACUAUUGAGGCAGAUAGCCAAAUUUUGGAUCCGGAGAAUCCCACGUUGCUCGAAUACGGAUUUCUCAUGGACAAUGUGCUCAAGGUGCAGAACUUGUCGAAAAAGCACAACAAUCAUUUUGAGCUUUACCCCAAUCCGGAAUACUUUACGUUCGAGGAACGUGUCAAAUACUUCAAAAGCGAGUACCUCACCAUAAAUGGUCGAAAUCUCGAUCGCGCGUGCAAGGAAACGGAUGUCGAAGUGAAAAUUGGCAACGGCUACUGCAAUAUAACGUCUCUGUCGCGUCAGCAGCUGACUUGCCGGCCGCCCACGGAAGCAGUCGCUGCCAGUAACAGUCCGAAUGGUCCGGAGGUGAUUGUACGUAUUGGAUCAUCAUUGGAGUAUCGCAUUGGCAUACUCAGUUACGAGUCAUCGAACCUGAUUAUGGAUUGGGGGGAUAACGUCGUCUUUGUUGUAAUUGCCGGCUGCGUUAUAUUCUUUCUUAUCUUUUGUGCCCUGCUUGUGGCGUAUAGAAAAAAGACCGCCGAAUCUCACCGUGAGCUCCGAAACAUGCAGGAGCAAAUGGAUAUUUUGGAAUUGCGUGUGGCUGCCGAGUGUAAGGAAGCAUUCGCCGAACUUCAAACGGAAAUGACGGACUUGACGGGCGAUCUAACGUCGGGUGGCAUACCAUUUUUGGAUUAUCGCUCGUAUGCUAUGAAAAUCUUAUUUCCCAAUCAUGAAGAUCACGUCGUCUUGCAAUGGGAGCGACCGGAAUUGUUGCGCAAAGAAAAGGGAUUGCGGCUAUUUGCCCAGCUCAUUAUGAACAAAACAUUCCUGCUGCUUUUCAUAAGAACUUUAGAGUCGAAUCGUUAUUUCUCGAUGCGAGAACGUGUUAAUGUCGCCUCAUUAAUAAUGGUCACGCUGCAGUCAAAACUGGAAUAUUGUACGGACAUAUUGAAAACAUUAUUAGGCGAUCUCAUUGAAAAAUGCAUUGAGGGCAAGAGUCAUCCAAAAUUAUUGCUUCGACGUACCGAGAGUGUGGCCGAGAAAAUGUUGAGUGCUUGGUUUACGUUUCUUCUCUAUAAAUUCCUAAAGGAGUGUGCCGGAGAGCCUCUAUACAUGCUGUUUCGUGCGGUUAAGGGUCAAGUAGACAAGGGUCCGGUUGAUGCGUGCACCCACGAGGCUCGCUACUCUUUGAGCGAGGAGAAGCUUAUCCGGCAGUCUAUUGAUUUUCGACCCAUGACCGUGAAUGCCAGCAUUAUACAACAGCCAAUUUUUUGCAACAAUUUGGACAUGUUGCCGUCACACACCGAGAACGUAUCCGUUAAGGUGCUCGACUGCGAUACGAUUGGUCAGGUGAAGGAGAAAUGUUUGGAAACGAUUUAUAGAAAUAUACCAUCCAGCCAAAGACCUCGCAAAGAUGAUUUGGAUCUGGAAUGGCGAACUGGAGCAACGGGUCGUGUGAUCCUAUAUGAUGAGGAUGCUACAUCGAAAACGGAGAACGAUUGGAAAAAGCUAAACACAUUGCAGCAUUACAAUGUGCCAGAUGGAGCCGGUCUAAGCCUUGUACCAAAGCAAAGUUCCAUCUAUAACUUUAGUAUAUUAUCUGAUAAAAACGAGAAAUCUCACAAAUAUGAAACACUGAAUAUAUCGAAGUACACCUCCUCCUCACCGACAUUCAGCCGCGCCGGAAGCCCCUUGAACAAUGAUAUGCACGAGAAUGGAAUGAAAUAUUGGCAUUUGGUCAAACAUCAUGACAGCGAUAUUCAAAAGGAAGGCGAACGUGUCAAUAAAUUGGUCUCUGAAAUAUACCUAACAAGACUGCUGGCGACUAAGGGUACUUUGCAGAAGUUCGUAGAUGACCUCUUUGAGACAAUAUUCAGCACCGCUCAUCGUGGGUCCGCCUUGCCUUUGGCAAUUAAAUACAUGUUUGACUUUUUGGAUGAUCAAGCCCUUUUGCACGGAAUAACAGAUCCCGAAGUCGUGCACACUUGGAAAAGCAACAGUUUACCUUUGCGUUUCUGGGUGAAUUUAAUAAAGAACCCAAAUUUUGUAUUUGAUAUACAUAAAUCGAAUAUUGUGGACUCCUGUCUGUCAGUUGUAGCUCAAACAUUUAUGGAUUCCUGCUCAACGUCAGAUCAUCGAUUGGGCAAAGAUUCGCCAAGCUCAAAACUAUUAUACGCCAAGGAUAUACCCGAGUAUCGCAAGUGGGUUGACCGGUAUUACAGGGAUAUUCGGGAUAUGUCAUCCAUUUCUGAUCAGGACAUGAAUGCAAUGCUCGCUGAAGAAUCUAGGCUGCAUACAACUGAGUUUAAUACGAAUUGUGCUCUACAUGAGCUCUACACUUACGCUGUUAAAUAUAAUGAGCAGUUGACGGUUACACUGGAGGAGGACGAAUUUUCACAAAAACAACGACUUGCAUUUAAAUUGGAGCAGGUUCACAAUAUCAUGUCAGCUGAAUAAGCCUCGCGUCACCAUUCUCAAAAAAAAAAAAAAAAACUGGAAACUACGAUUUUAUGCAUCUAAAAUAUGUUAGUAUGAAAGUGCUUGUGUAUUACCCAAUAAUGAUGGAACAGGAAGUCCAUUUCUUUAUAUACUCGUACAUAUACCACCUAUGCAAAAAUAUAUAAAUGUGAGUGUGUGUAAGCCCAAAUUCUUUCUCGUACAUAGUUUGUUUAAGUCCCUCAUCUAAUUAAUGUAUGUGAUGCAGCCAUAAACUUUUACAGCCGUAAAGUCGUACUGCCAUAAACUUAGCACAUUCAAACACUUACACUAAUAUCAUUCCAUUGACUAUGCUACUUGUCGAGGAAAGGAUAAAACAAAUAUGUUUUUUUUUUUGUGGGCAUGUGUGGAAUUUGCUCAUUGAUAUUUAUGUAAAAUUUUUGUAUGAUUAUUACACUAUAAUGCAUGUCAGUAAUAUUAAUGUCUAAGAAUCGAUAUUCAAUAUAUAUAUAUAAAAUAAUCCAAACGUAAAAGGAAAAAUCGACUGAUUUUAAUAUACAUUAAAACUAAUUGAUAAUUUAAUUUAAAAUAUAUAUGUAUGUAUCAAUGUAAAAUGUAAUUUGUAAACAUAAAUCUGCAUCAAAUCUGAUGAAAGAUACACAACUACAAUGUCACGUGUAGUAAAACAGACGAAAUUUUGUA